AUGACUUCUGAGAACGAGGCUGAAAGCACAAUUAAAUCUUUGGAAGCGUCACUCAAUCGAAUUUCUCUGAAAAAUCAGAAUGAUGAUGAAAAAUUCCUCCUUGAAGGCUUGCCAAAAGCAUUGAUUAGCUUGGUCAUCGAACACACCACAUUGCAUCAAAGGUUUACUCUAUUACCCGCUUCAAAAAGUGUUCGAUCUAUCGUGCUCACUUCUGGAAUUGUUCCAAAAAAGAUCAUAAAUCUCUCGAUUGAACAACUGGCUCUUGAUGCUAUUGCUGUCACAAUUGAUACAAAACUCGGUGACUCGAUUUGUAUCGGUGUUUGCGAUGAGGGAUCUCUCAUUCAAAAUUCGCGUCGAGAUUUUGAACCGGGCAGUUCUGGAGAAGAAACUUCAUUAAACAGUGCGGAACAAGAAGUUUUCUUUGCAUCAACCCUAUCCAAGAUCUACCCACGGAACACAGAGAUUUGGGAUACAGCGAUGAGAAUUGUGCCCACUGGCGUGCGAAUUAAAUACGGUGAAAAUCUCUUGAUUCGUUUUAUGGAUUCCACUUCAAUCGAUCAAUGUCUAAAAACAGCGGAAAAAUCUGUUCCUACAAAACUGUACCUAAGACCAGCUCAUUUCUGGGGCUCAAAAGCGUGUGAUCAUCGCUGUUUCGCCGUUGGUGCUGCGCUUCAAAAUUACAACUUCUUAUCCGAUGUUUCUUCUCUUCAUCUUGCCUCUCUUCAUUAUCCACCAUUUUUCACGUCAUUACCAACAAAGCACGUUUUCAUCUGGAAAGCUGGAGACAUUCCGAUUGCCUAUAUUAUUAAGGAAUUGAUUGAAAAGAAAAGAUGGGAGUAUCGACCUCGUUUGAUUGCUUUCCUCGACACAAAAGGAGACACAAAAAUUGAUGCGCUUCGCAAUCUUCUACACAAAUACCAAUUACCAGGAGGAAGUGAUGGUGAAUAUGGUAUGUUCGAGGUGCCAAUGCAGGAAAAAGGUCGAAAAAGUCGUGCCUCGAUCGUUUUCUGUCAACAACAUGUGAUUUUCACUAGACGUCAUCAACCUGAUGAUAUUAAAUAUGCUAUUCGACAGUAUUAUGAGAAUCGCUCUCGCUUCAAUAAAGAG